AUGGCGGCUGGACAUAGAGCCAUCGUUAUAGAUCGCAUGUAUCUGAGGCAAGUGCCACGUCCUCGUGUUUUUCGCGAUGGGAGUAACCCUCUGGAGGACCUAAGGGAAGAGGAGAGAUUUGCUCGCUAUCGUUUCCAGCCAGAUACGAUCUACUUCAUUAUUGAUUUAUGCCAGGCAGCUGCCCGGGACACAGGCAGAUGUUUCGCAAUACCUUUGGUGUUGUGCGUUUUAUGCUACCUGCGGUUUUUGGCAACAGGAGCUUUCCAGUUAACUGUCGGUGACACUGUCAACCUGCCAGCCCACAGUAAGCAGAGUUUGCCUCCAGGCUUUCUCAACGUUGUCAGGGUAAUUGAUUGCACGCAUGUUUCAAUAAAGAAGCCAUCGGCCAAUCCAGAGGAUUACAUUGGGAGGAAAGGAUUUCCUACAAUAAAUGUUCAGGCUGUAGUUAAUGCCUCAUAUAGGAUCACAUCAGCAGUAGUGGUGUGGCCAGGGUGGACACACGAUGCACGUAUCUGGCGCCAAUGUGCACUCCGAAGGAAUUUUGAAGAUGGUGAUAUGCAAGGGUUUUACUUGCUGACAGUGGCUAUGCCUGUACAAGGUGCUGAGAUCCUGGCGUCUAUGUACCCAUUAGCAUUUAAUCAUCCUCUGAUGCAUGCUAACCUGCUUGUAACAUAG